UCUCCCCUGAGCCUCCUCCUCUCCAGCCUAAAGAACCCCAGCUCCCUCAGCCUCUCCUGCACUGCUGUGGGCUGCCCAGGUACCUUCAAAAUCAGGCUACACCUUGUUCAACUGCAGGAGGUGACGCUGAAAUUAGAGCAGACUUGUCACAUCACUUGAUGUUUACAUCAAAUGAUGUAUGUUUGAUAUAUAUUUAUAUCGAAUUCUGCAUGUUACAACUGGGUGGCCAAAGUGACUACUCCAGGAAACACUUUAAAAUGUCCCUUUGGUAAUAACAGACCCAAACUACAACCAAGUUCUGAGUUUAGAUUGAUUAUCUGAAACAGUCAAGAGUCAUUGGUGUAACUCCAAGGAACACUAAGAGAACUUUUCCCUAAAGAUAAUACAAUUAUUUGCUUGUAAAGAAGCAAUGAUUAAGAGAGAUUGGGAAUACAACAGGACAUUCUGGACACAGAGACAGACAGGAGUUCUGUACCUCAGCAUCUUCAACCAGAGUCACAACUCUUCCAGGCUGAAAUGUAAAAGAAGAAACCAUAACUCAGUUAGAGGCUUUUACCCUAAAUCAUGAGCAAAACUAAAACAAAGCGAGAAAAAAGCAAUGAAGAGGAAUGAAAGGCUCAGAGAACUAAUCCAGGACAAUCCCAAUACGGUCUAGAUCCAGUAUAAAUAUUUUCUUUAUUAUAGCUUUUGAUCUGUAUCAGACUAACUUUGAUAAACUGAAUGUUGGAUUCCGAGGAGACAGUGUCUGCAACACAGAAAUUAAAUGAAGGGCAGUCAGAAAUGGGGAGGGUUUCAACGUCUUUGCUUCAUAUGUGCUGUCCAGACUCAAUUCUAUUCCAGUUUAAAACAGUGAUUAUGUAUUAACAGUACAGUAACAGUGAUAAUUAACUGUUUCAUUAAUGUAAAACUAUCCUCGAGGAGCCCUUGGGGUCUCGCUGGACAGAGGGAGAAUACCUUGCACGUGGCUUAUUUUUCCCAAGAAGUUACUUCUUGUAGGGAGAGUAAGAAGCCAGUGUGUAAAUACUGGAAACACAAUAGUUGAAAUUCCUUUUAUAAAAAUUUUAGAACACAUACCCCUAUGCUGAACUACAUCUGCAGUUUAAAAUCGCUAAUUUUGGCAUCAAAUGAGUUCUCUCCCAGCAUCAGCCCUCUAAUCCUGAUCUAACCGAUAAAAUAAGGCAACAAAACUUCAUGAACACCAAAUGAUUCCUAUUUCCUGAGGAGAAAUAGGUCUGUUCCCAUGAUUCAUGGAAGAUAACUUAGGUGUUCCUUUUGGAAAGUUUUUUCCAUAGCUAUUAAUGCUUCCAUAACUUGUGCCCUCAAUACUGGUCAUGAAGAUUUUUUUAAAUCAUGGAUUGAAGAGACAUUCUGGGGUGGAAAACAACUUUAUCCUUACAGAACCGCAGCCUAACUGCAUUAAAUUGCGUCUAAAUUAAUUUGAUUUAAUACAAAGGGAAGCAUUGAGAGGUUCUUCGUGUUCAGGUGGGGUGUGUGGUGGGAGAGGGAUCUGUUUGCCCAGGGAAGGGCAGGGUAUUUAGUGUAUUGGUUCGCAGAGUCCUUGGCUCACCUGGAACUGCCCAAAACAAACAGUAAGGAACAAAUAACUAACUACUUAUUGAUAGAGGGAUUAAUUACUGCUUGUACUACUGGGAGUAAUUCUCUGACAACCUUUUUUAAGUACAACUAAGGGAUAAGUUGCUGUAUACUUUGAAGAGCUGUUUUUUCCUCGUUUUAUUGCUGUUUUUUAACAUGUAUCAGGACUGAAGGAGCGGCGGCGGCUCAAGCCGUGUUAUCUCUAAGCUCUGUGCGAGGUGUUUUAUCGUGUUAUUUACACCUAGGUGAAACUUCCUUCCACGCCACACACAGCGAGCUGUUAUUUUAAAAUAAUCCUUAAAGCCACACACAGCAAGCUGUUAUUUUAAAAUAAUCCUUAAGCUUUUUUUUUUUUCUCUGCAGGAGGAGCUCUUUUAAAGCCUUAUUCCAGGUUUACGGUGGAGUUACCGGGUGCAGGUUACACUUUAUCCUCACUCCCAUUAUGUCUGCGUGACAUUGGGAAUGCUCCCUUGGGAAUUUUGGUUUACUUUUUCUUGCUAAUUUUUUUUUUUUUUAAAUUUUAUUUUCUCCUUUUCCGGUCAGGUUUUAAAUAUUUCCUCAUCCACGCAUUUGUUGAUCUGAGAGCAGAAUAAGCUGAAAUACAAGCGAGGGGGUUACUGCCUUUUCCCAUUCCCUGUGCACAGCCCGGCACCCGCCCGGAGGGGUUUGCCCUCACCGAGGGGGUUUCCCCCUCAGCUAUCUAACAACCUCAGGAACAGAUCUGGCCAGUUCCCGAGCCCCUCUUUUUGCAGUCCCUUAUGCUGUCUGUUGUGGUUUUUUUGCAGUUGUCGCCGGUGCCCGUCCGGCGGCGGGCGGGGCCUGUGCCCGGCCCGGCGCUGAGGGCCGCGCUUCCCCCCGGCCCCGGCGCGGCUCACCUUGCCCGGCACGCCGCGGUGGUCGGUGCUGCCCUGCCAGAAGCGGCGGCUGUAACCCCGGACGCGCCCCACCAGCUUCUCCUGAGUUCGAUCCCAAGGAUGGAUUUCACGGAGGCCUAUUCCGACCGGUGCUCGGCCGUGGGCCUGGCAGCCAGGGAAGGGAACGUUGAAAUCCUGAGGAAAUUAAUUGCUCAGGGAUACAGCAUCGAUGUCCCGGAUAAUAGGAGGUGGGUGCCCAUCCACGAAGCGGCAGCACACAAUUCCAGUGAGUGCCUGAGGCUGCUCAUUCGUGCAGCCCCAUCUGAUGACUACAUCCACUCGAGGACGUUCGAAGGGCUGUGUGCUCUGCACCUCUCCGCACGUCACGGGGCCUUGGAAUGUCUCCGUGUCCUCCUGGAAGCCGGGGCUGACCUCAACGAUGUCACCACCGAUGCCACCACCCCGCUCUUCCUAGCUGUUGAAAGUAAACACACAGAGGUCAUAAAGUUUCUGCUCCAACACGGAGCAAAUAUUGAAGGUCCUCAUUGUUGGUCUGGAUGGAAUUCUUUGCACCAAGCUUCUUUUCAGGGUUCCACUGAGAUAAUGGAAAUCCUCCUGGAGAAAGGGGCAAGCAAGAACUGUAGGGAUGACUUUGGAAUUACCCCCCUGUUUGUCGCUGCUCAGUAUGGCCAGCUGGAGAGUUUACGGCUGCUGGUGUCCCACGGUGCAGACCUCAACUGCCAGGCCAAGGACAGAGCCACCCCCCUGCUGAUUGCUGCACAGGAGGGACACUUGGGAUGUGUGGAGCUGCUCUUGGCAGCAGGGGCAGACCCAAACCUCUACUGCAACGAGGACCAGUGGCAGUUACCGAUUCACGCCGCGGCCGAAAUGGGCCAUGCGAAGAUCCUGGAGCUGCUGAUCCCGGUUACUGACCGGAUCUGUGACAAGGGCAAGGGCAAACUGAGCCCUGUGUAUUCCGCCAUAUACGGAGGGGACGGGGCGUGUCUGGAAAUGCUGCUCAAACAGGGCUUCAGCCCAGAUGCUCAGGAGUGCCUUGACUUCGACUGCAGAUCCCCCAUGUGCAUGAUCUUCCAGAAAGAGUAUUUUCACUUCGUCGACGUUCUCCUGAAGUACGGGAUCACCCUCCGGGCCGUUAACUUGGGCCACUGCCUGUGCCAUAAGAAGUUCGCUUUGUUUCGGCGCUUCCUGAGGCUGGGCUGUUCCCUGCCCUCCGGGGAGGAAUUAACGGAUUUCAUCCACUACAGCAACACGGUGCACAAGGAAUACAAGCAGUGGCUGCCCUCCCUGCUCCUGGCUGGCUUUGACCCCCUGAAUUUCAUGUGUGCCCUCUGGAUUUUCUCCACGAGUGAAAACGUCCUUAACUUUGUCCUGGAGUUCAUGAACUGGAGCAGACUUCCUCGAGGUGUGGAGGAACACCUUUCCCAAUACAAGGAGAAGUUCACCUGGACUCCCAAGAGCCACUUUGCCUUCAUUCCGCCCCUGUCUCACCUGUGCCGGCUGGAGAUCCGGUCCCUGCUGAGGAGCGACCGGCUGCGCUCGGAGCGCGCGAUCCGGGAAUUGCCGCUGCCGGUUUGCCUCCAGGAAUACCUGCUCUACCUGGACGUGCUGCGGGGCAACGCCAUCCCAGACCUGGAGGAUUCCCUGGGGCAGGGAGAGCAGGCAGCUCCUCCCACCGCUCCCUCCGUGGCUGAGGAUGCAGGGAGGAGUGACGCCAGCAACACCAGUGCCUGAACUCUGCAGGUUUUGUAACGGGGAAUUGGGAGGCACGACUGUAAAUACCCGCUGUAAGAAUUCUUUUCAAGCUGUAGUUUUAUACUACGUCUAUAACUUUGCUACGACUUCUACGAUUUAUUGUUUAAGAAGCCUGUUGUAGCUUUCUAAGUGAACAUUUUCUGGUUUUGGUUUGUUUUUUUUUUUUUUUUUUCCCUAACUCUUAGGGGAUAAAAUGAGCUUGUUCAAUGAACACAGCUUACAGAGCGGUCAAAAUCUGUCAGUCGACGCUUUAUUCUGAGUACAGCAUUUACCAAAUGGCACAACCUGACAGUCAGGGAACACAGUAUUAUUGCAUCAUUAUUGCCAGUUUAUGUGUUGGGGAGGAAUGUAGCUGAACCAGAGAAAGGCAAAUAACAUAAGAAAGAAAACUGUUUGCUGAA